GAUAGAUAUGAGAUAGAUAGAUAGAUAGAUGGGAGAUAAAUAGAUAUGAGAUAGAUAGAUAUGAGAUAGAUAGAUGGGAGAUAAAUAGAUAUGAGAUAGAUAGAUAGAUAUGAGAUAGAUAGAUAGAUAUGAGAUAGAUAAAUGUGAGAUAAAUAGAUAUUAGAUAGAUAUGAAAUAGAUAAGAGAUAGAUAGAUAGGAGAUAGAUAAGAGAUAGAUAUGAGAUAGAUAGAUAAAUGUGAGAUAAAUAGAUAUUCAAUAGAUAGAUAUGAGAUAGAUAUGAGUUGAUAGGGGAUAGUUAUUGGAUAAAUAGAUAUACAUUGGAUAAGGCUGGGAUCUCACUAUAUUCGGACAGUCUUGCUGAUAUACAUUGAGAUACACAUCCAGUCCCAACCACUUUAGUGGUCUGAAGAGUCUUCUAGAACCAAUGUUCUGUCCAUAUUCUGUAUUUUGUGAGACUUUUUGCAGACUGCACUUUUGAGUCCAGCAAAUUAAAAUAAAUGUUGAGGUAAUGAACUUCGUGUACACCUUCGUGUAUCUAAUCUCAAUGUAUACCAGUGAGAUACAAUCUGAACCCGGAGAUACAUAGACCAGCUGGAGCUGUGUAGAUAGGAUGUAGAUCAGAUAAGGAUGUAGAAUUGGUUUUAGGCAGAUAUGAAAUUAGUGAAUCUGUAAAAUAGAAGGUUGAUAUGGAGAGGGAAAACCAUAGCUUAGAUAUAUAUAUAUAUAUAUAGAUAUAUAUAUAUAUAUGUUAUAAAUGUGAUGAGGUCCCGGCCCUCCCGUGUGGACUCCAGGAUCAGGACUAUUUUAUAGCACGUUCUUGCCCUCCGGCCGUGUGUGACACAUGAAGUUCAAUCCCAGGGUCCAGCUCCCCAGUCAUGUGCCGACCCUGACACAAAAAAGCAUCAGUCAGGCAUAAAGGGGUUAACCCUGUCCGUCAUUGUUCCAUGGGGCCUGGUUCUCUGGAAAAAACUGUCGCCCUCAUCAUAUCCAUUCAUGGUGCCAGAGUGCCAGCUAAGCACAUGCCUUUAUUGGGAAGCCAUGGAGGGAGCAGGGGGGCAUCUAUUGACCCCUUUCUAUCGCCCCGGAGAGGGAGGUAUCCUGAGUUAUAAAGAUUUUACCUGCGUCAACAGAAACCAUGCACAGUGCCAGGGGGCAUCAUGGGUUUUUUGGACUGCAGCCUAGUCUGUUUCCUUUCGACCUUGCUCGGUGUUGGAGUGAGAACUAUCUGCUCUUCUAAGGACACCUCAUACAGGCACCAUCUUCUGCUGCCAAGAUGUACAGUUUCAUGGGUGGAGGCCUCUUCUGCGCCUGCGUGGGUAACAUCCUCUUAGUUGUUUCCACCGCCACCGACUACUGGAUGCAGUAUCAACUGUCCGGGGCGUUCGCUCACCAAGGCCUGUGGAGAUAUUGUGUGACCGGAAAAUGCUACAUGCAGACGGAGAGCAUCGCAUAUUGGAACGCCACCAGAGCCUUCAUGAUCCUGUCCACAUUGUCCUGUUUCGCUGGGAUCAUCGCUGGGAUCUUGUCCUUUGCUCAUUUCUCUACUUUCCAGAGAUUUAACCGAUCAUUUGCUGCAGGCAUCAUGUUCUUCAUCUCCACUCUCUUCGUGCUACUGGCGAUGGCGAUUUACACCGGAGUAACAGUUAAUUUCCUGGGCAAGCGAUUCGGUGACUGGCGUUUCUCCUGGUCCUACAUCUUGGGCUGGGUAGCGUUGCUUAUGACCUUCUUUGCAGGGAUAUUUUACAUGUGCGCCUACCGAAUGCACGAAUGUCGGAGAGUCACCGGACCUCGCUAAAAAAAUGGCCGGACUAGGGAUAAAGACAAUUCCGUGGAAUAGAGUUCAGCCAGAUUCUCCGCGCCUUCCAGAACAAUGACAAGACGGUGACAAGACUCUGAAUACGCUGGACACCACACAACCAUAUACAUAUAUAUAUAUAUAUACACACAGGACCCGAUCCGCAGCACUGGGGUUCAUAUACUUUAAAGGGAUUGUCCAGGAAUAGAGAACCAGAGCUGAUUUCUUC